CAAUUAUUCGCUAGAGCUCUUAAUAUUACUACUUAGCUGUUCACUGGCGAGGGGUAUUUUAUCUUUAUACGAGUAGGACUUAUAUUUACACAUAUUUCGACGUUUUAGUCGCCCACGUACACAAAUACAUAACUACAGUACUAAGAUACACGCAGGUGUACACUACUUCGCACAAUAUGGCUUCCGGCAAAGUGGAGAAGAAGUCUAAAAAGUCCAGUAAAUCGGACAAGUCUAAAACAGACGACGUUGAGAGUUCGCACAAUGGCAAGCGAACAGCCGAGGACGCCGCGAGCGAUGCUGAGGCCACAGAAAAGAAAGAUAAAGAUAAAAAAGUAAAGAAAGUAAAGCGUUCGAAAUCCGAAGACGGUUGUGGUAAAGUCAAAGAAACCAAGAAGAAAUCGAAGAAGGAUAAAAAGGAUGGGGAUGCAGAUGAUUCAACCCCCGAAAGUACCACUCCCAAUGCAGAAAUGGAGGUCGAUACAAAAGAGAACGAACUCGUAGAAGACGCAGGAGCAUUCAGUAACUUCCCAGCCAUCACACAGGAGACCAUUGCGAAACUGACGACAAAGGGGGUGACGAGUUUGUUUCCUAUUCAAAUCGAAAGUUUCGGCCCGAUCUUCGAGGGCAAGGAUGUCAUUGGACGUGCUCGCACAGGUACUGGAAAGACACUAUCGUUCGCUUUACCUGUGAUUGAGAGGUUGAUGUUAGACAUGGCAAAGAAUGGGUCCCGGAAUCGCCGCGGUAGAGAUCCUAAGGUGCUGGUUUUAGCUCCCACUCGUGAAUUGGCGAAGCAGGUGUUCACUGACUUUGAGCUUCUUGGAGGCCAUAAGCUCAGUGCCACGUGUAUAUACGGUGGUACGCCGUAUGCACCGCAAGAGAAUGACUUGCGUAACGGUGUGGAUGUAGUGGUGGGCACUCCUGGGCGUGUUCAAGAUCACAUCAACAGAGGCAACCUUCGUUUGGGGGGAAUCGAGUAUCUUAUCCUCGACGAGGCCGAUCAAAUGUUGGACAUUGGCUUCAAAGAAGCAAUUGAAGAAGUGCUGCAAACACUUGCACCCGAAGGCUCACCCGUUGAGGACAAAAAGCAUCAAAUUCUGCUGUACUCCGCCACUAUCCCCGAUUGGGUGAGUGAUACGGCCACGAAAUACAUGCGGUCUGAUAGGAUCAAUAUUGAUUUGGUCAAAAACGAAAAGAUCAAAACCAGUACGCUCAUUGAACACAUGGCUAUCAAGUGCCAUUGGUCUGAUAGAGCUAAGACUCUGCGAGACAUUUUGCUAGUACAUGCGGGUAAGCACGGUCGCACUAUUAUCUUCACCGAAACCAAGAACGAAGCCAAUGAACUGACCCUGGGACAGGACUUAAACGUCGAAGCUCAGGUGCUCCACGGUGACAUCGCCCAAGCACAGAGAGAGACCACCAUGAAGCAAUUUCGCGACGGCAAUUGCAAGUGUCUCAUUGCCACCGAUGUGGCUGCCAGAGGUCUGGACAUCCCGGAAGUGGAUGUGGUAGUCAACUGUGAACCCCCAGGAGAAACAGAUACGUACGUGCAUCGCAGUGGAAGAACGGGGCGUGCAGGAAAAAGCGGGGUUUGCAUCACCUUCUACAAGCCCAACCAGGAAUACCAAGUGACGAAUAUCGAGAGGAAAACAGGUAUCAAAAUCAAACGUAUUGGAGCCCCACAGCCCUCGCAAAUGAUCGAGGCCAUUGGUGCAGACGCAUUAAAGUCUUUGGAACAGGUGUCACCAAACAUUAUUAGUCAAUUUGGCAAGCUGGCAGACGGGUUUAUCAAGGAGAGGGGAGCUACAGAUGCGCUAGCGGCCGCAUUGGCAAUCAUCUCUGGAUACUCUGAGCUCACGAGACGCUCACUUAUAGAUUCCAAUGAAGGCUACAUCACCAUGCUGUUGACUCUGAAGAAGGAAUUUACGAAUAUGAGCUUCUUCAGAUCGCUUAUAGAACGCACUCUGGGUGCAAAUGUGAGGAAUAGCAUUAAGGUGCAAAGGUCGUGUGCGGACAACAAGGGUGUUGUUUUCGAUGUUCCGGCCAACCUGAUCGAUCAAAUUAAUAAGAAAUGGGAAAACUACAAGGACGAGGCUCCCCUAGGCACCACUCUGGACGAAGCACACGAAUUGCCUGAAUUAACGGAACAAAGCGCUGGCUACGGAGGUGGCGAUGGUGGGGCAGGAGGUGGCCGGUUCGGCGGUCGCGGAGGGGGUGGCUUCCGGGGCGGUCGCGGCGGUGGUUUCGGUGGGAACCGCGGUGGAUAUGGUGGCGGUGGCCGUGGAGGUAGUUUUGUUGGCAAUCGCGGUGGCGGGGGGCGUGGUGGUUAUGGUGGAGGCCGAGGAGGCUCGAGUAGAGGAGGGGGCGGGUAUGCUCUCGGGGGAGGUCGAGGCAGAGGUAGGGGCGGGGGUGGUGGGGGUUUCAGGUCGUAGGACUGCCAGAGAUCGUCGCAAAAGAACGUUAGUCGCAAGGGCUUAUAGAUAUAUUCUCUCUAAUUUAGCUGGCGUGAUCACGCUGGACAGUGGCAUACUGUCCAACUACCAAUAAAAAUAACUGUAUAUCGGAA